CGCCCCCGGCCCAGCCCCGCAGCCCCCUCGGCAGAGGCGCCGCCGCGGUGCCCGGCGGAGGAUGGUGCGCGGCGCGCCGGGGGCUCCCCGCCGCCAGAGCCGCAGCGCCGCAGCGGAGCCGGCCGCGGCGGGCAGUCGGCCCCCGCACCGGGCGCGGGGCGGGCGGCCACGGUGAAGCGCGGAGGGCGGCGCGGGCACCGGGGCCGGGCCGGGGCUGCAGCCGCUGCGGCCAUGGGGGCCCUGACGAGCCGGCAGCACGCGGGCGUGGAGGAGGUGGACAUCCCGUCUAAUUCCGUGUACCGCUACCCGCCCAAGUCCGGAAGCUAUUUUGCCAGCCACUUCAUUAUGGGAGGAGAGAAAUUUGACUCAACUCAUCCUGAAGGUUACCUGUUUGGAGAGAACAGCGAUCUGAACUUUCUGGGGAACAGACCAGUUGUGUUUCCUUACGCCGCCCCACCUCCCCAAGAACCCGUGAAGACUCUGAGAAGCCUGGUCAAUAUCCGAAAGGACACACUGAGGCUUGUCAAAUGUGCUGAGGAAGUGAAGAGCCCUGGAGAAGAGGCCAGUAAAGCUAAAGUCCACUACAAUGUUGAGUUCACAUUUGACACAGAUGCUCGGGUAGCCAUCACCAUCUAUUACCAGGCCACGGAAGAGUUCCAGAAUGGUAUUGCCAGCUACAUUCCCAAAGACGUCAGCCUCCAGUCAGAAACUGUGCACUACAAGCGAGGAGUGUGUCAGCAGUUCUGCCUGCCCUCCCACACCGUGGAUCCCUCCGAGUGGGCAGAAGAGGAGCUUGGCUUUGAUCUAGACCGAGAAGUUUACCCUCUAGUGGUACAUGCCGUGGUGGAUGAAGGAGACGAGUAUUUUGGCCAUUGCCAUGUACUGCUGGGUACUUUUGAAAAGCACACAGAUGGAACUUUCUGUGUCAAGCCCCUCAAACAGAAACAAGUAGUAGACGGGGUCAGCUACCUCCUUCAGGAGAUCUAUGGAAUUGAAAACAAGUACAACACACAAGAUUCUAAGGUGGCUGAAGACGAAGUGAGUGAUAACAGUGCCGAGUGUGUGGUGUGUCUCUCGGAUGUCCGGGACACCUUGAUUCUGCCCUGUCGCCACCUCUGCCUCUGUAACACCUGUGCAGACACGCUGCGCUACCAGGCCAACAACUGUCCCAUCUGCCGACUGCCCUUCCGGGCACUGCUUCAGAUCCGAGCCAUGAGGAAAAAAUUGGGCCCCUUGUCCCCAACCAGCUUUAACCCCAUCAUCUCAUCCCAGACAUCUGACUCUGAAGAGCAUUCAUCCUCAGAGAAUAUUCCACCAGGAUAUGAAGUAGUAUCUCUUCUGGAGGCCCUCAACGGGCCCCUCACCCCGUCCCCAGCAGUUCCUCCACUUCACGUGCUUGGAGAUGGCCACCUCUCAGGAAUGCUCCCGUCGUAUGGCAGUGAUGGCCACCUGCCGCCCGUCAGGACGAUCUCGCCUCUUGACCGCCUGUCUGACUGCAGCAGCCAGGGACUCAAACUCAAAAAGAGUCUCUCCAAAUCCAUUUCCCAAAACUCUUCCGUGCUGCAUGAAGAGGAAGAUGAGCGUUCCUGCAGUGAGUCAGAGACACAGCUCUCUCAGAGACCGUCGGCUCAGCAUCUCGGAGAGGAAUGUGGUGUGACUCCAGAAAGCGAGAAUCUCACCUUGUCGUCAUCUGGAGCUAUUGACCAGUCGUCUUGCACAGGGACGCCUCUGUCAUCCACUAUUUCCUCCCCAGAAGGCCCUGCCAGCAGCAGCUUGGCCCAGUCUGUCAUGUCUAUGGCAUCCUCCCAGAUCAGCACUGACACCGUCUCCUCCAUGUCUGGCUCCUACAUCGCCCCUGGCACUGAAGAGGAGGGAGAGGCUCUCUCUUCCCCCCAGCCUGCCAGCAGGGCCCCCUCAGAAGAAGGAGAGGGGCUGCCAGCGGAGUCUCCAGACAGCAACUUUGCUGGCCUCCCAGCUGGAGAGCAGGAUGCAGAGGGAAAUGAUGUUAUAGAGGAAGAGGAUGGAUCACCCAUGCAGGAAGAUGGCCAGAGGACAUGCGCAUUUCUAGGUAUGGAGUGUGACAAUAACAAUGACUUUGACAUCACAAGCGUGAAAGCACUGGACAAUAAGCUGUGCUCUGAGGUCUGCUUACCUGGUGCCUGGCAGGCUGAUGACAAUGCCGUCAGUCGGAACGCCCAGCGCCGGCGCUUGUCAUCCAGCAGCCUGGAGGACUCUGAGACGAGGCCCUGUGUGUGGGGCCCUUUGGCUGUCUGAGCCCCGGCCUCUGCACUUGGGCUCCCCUCCUGCCCUGCAUUCCAUCCAUCCUCACUCAGCUGCUGCCUACUGGGCAUCUUCAGCAAGAUGCUGGAGACUUUUCACCCUCCUGUGACAGCUGUUACAACCUGUAACCACAAUCCCUCACCUCUCAGAGGGAACUGGAGCCCUCCUUUCUCCCUGUGACCUGAAGCCACUCAAUGAACUGCAGCUCACGAGACCCUUUGCAGGGACUCUGGAAUGUCCCCACUGUAUCUUGAUGUUCAGGUGGAGCUUGGGGUCCAUGGGCUAAUUUCUUACACACCUUUUUUUCUCCUUAGGGGGUAGAACAAGAAGGCUUAGAGUUUUGGCAGCUUUGUUACAAACAUCCGUCUGGCAUUUCCUGGUCUCUGGCACAUCAUAACCAAUUGGAAACCUGCAGUUUGGGGUAGGGCUGGAGGACCGCUCCUGUGAAAAGGGAGAGCCAUACUGCACCGAUGUGGCUUUUCCCUCCACAAGCACUAGGAGCACCUUUCUCAAGGACAAGAAAUGGUAGCAACCAAAAGGUUGGUUGAAGGAAACAAUCCUUCCUUCUGGUGGCAGAGCCAAUCUUCCGGGCCUCACGUGCCUGUCUGCUUAAGAAGGAGCUCUUGGCUGGGUGCAGUGGCUCACGCCUGUAAUCCCAGCACUUUGGGAGGCCGAGGAGGGUGGAUCAUAAGAUCAGGAGAUCGAGACCAUCCUGGCUAACACGGUGAAACCCCGUGUCUACUAAAAAUACAAAAAAUUAGCCAGGCGUGGUUGCAGGCGCCUGUAGUCCCAGCUACUCGGGAGGCUGAGGCAGGAGAAUGGCCUGAACCCAGGAGGUGGAGCUUGCAGUGAGCCGAGAUCAUGCCACUGCACUCCAGCCUGGGCGACAGAGCGAGACUCCAUCUCAAAAAAAAAAAAAAAAAGAAGGAGCCCUUGAAUCUGAGAAUCCCCCAGUUAAGAUGAUUUCCCUUAAGGAGCAUUUCUCCUGAUCAGGUGCAUUCAGGGAGGCCUGCGACUCCAUCCUAAGGUGACAUUUCAAGAAACACAAGUGUUGACCACCUCUGUGUGCCAAGCACUGGGUGAGGAGUGGUCAUAUAUUACCAUAAUUCAUCCUCACUCACCUGGGAGGUGUCAUUCUUGUCCCUGUUGCCCCCAUCUCUACCCCCUUUUGUUAAUGGUUGAGAGAAAUGUGGACCAGUGAUUCUCAGUUUGGUGCCCAGGUCCCCAAAGGAAGUGGUGGAGAGCCUUGAGCUAAGUUCAGGCAGCAGCAUGUGGCCAGCAGCAGUGCGCUGGGAGCAGAGGUUGGAAUCAGGGCUCAGGGCCUUCACCUCAAGGGCCCUCCCUAUCCUCCAUGUGUUCCUCCCUUGCCUUCCAGAGCUGCUGAACCUAAUUACUGAAGGGGGAGAUGGAGCCAGUCACAUGCUGAUUGGCAGUUCAGGAACAGUGUUCUGUUCAUGUGCCCUCCCUGCCCCGGUCCAGUGCAAGGGCACAAAUGCAAGAGCUGAAACAGCAUGGCUGGACUGUGAGGUGGUGGCUGCUCCGCCUUCCUUAGCGUGUGUGUCAUCAGUGGCUUCCAUGUGGCUCUUAGACGUGUUGUCUGCUGGCCUUUGGAAAAGGUGGUUGUUUAGUAGGGCAUGAGAUUAUUUGGAAAGCAAAGCUAGAAACAACUGUUAUUUGUGAGGUUGAAAUGUGGGAGAGCCUUAUAGGCUAUGCCCAUUGUGGUGGACUUGUGUUAGGGUUUGGAAUUGUUACCCUAAAAGCUUUUCGGCCAGGCACGGUGGCUCAUGCCUGUAAUCCCAGCACUUUGGGAGGCCAAGGCGGGCAGAUCACCUAAGGUCGGGAGUUUGAGACCAGCCUGAACAACAUGGAGAAAUCCCUUCUCUACUAAAAAUACAAAAUUAGCUGGGCGUGGUGGCACACGCCUGUAAUCCCAGCUACUCCGGAGGCUGAGGCAGGAGAAUCGCUUGAACUCAGGAGGUAGAGGUUGCUGUGAGCCCACAUCGCGCCACUGCACACCAGCCUGGGCAACAAGAUCGAAAAGAUCGAAACUCUGUCUCAAAAAAAAAAAAAAUUUCAAGGCUGUUUCCAAGGCAGAUAGCCUCAAAAAGAGCCUGGUGCCCAGGGGGUCCUUCGCUUCUGUGUGGCUGCAGAGGCCAGGAGUGCAGUGACCGUCUCACUGCCUAGUGGUUGUGGCUCACAUCCUGCCCUGAUGGAGGGGAGCCCAUCAUCCACCCUCUCUGAAAUACUGCAGUAGGCUUUACCAUUUCAGGCCCCACCUAAUGUUCUUUCCUUCCCCCUACAUUCUUCCCGCCCCUUUCAUAGUUAAGAUGCAUAAGCUGAGCAAUAACCCCACUUCCUGAUUUCCCUGAAAUAUGAGCCCAGAAGCAGCAGGCGACAGGGAGCUUCCCUUACCCUGGGGUGGUGGCACACAGACCACCUCCUGUCCUGUCCCCUGCAGGUAGUAUUCACAGUGUGGUGUUACCUGGGAGGAGGGAGGAAGGAGCUGAGAUGAAGGAGAUUCAGGUAAACAGUAGCCACAGUGGCCAGGACCCCCUUCCUGAGGAUCCCUGUCCUUCCUCGAAGCAGGUGCUCAGUCCUCUCCUAGGGAGAAGCACGGAAAGAUUCCUCAAGGCCUCAGUCCCAUGUCCAAGGCAUACCUAGGUUAGAAAUGUCCUUUGUUUCUCGGUUACUAUUUCUCCUCUUCCUCCCUCCCCCUGCCUUCUCUUGGCUGUUGUUUAGCUCUCUGGCCCACAGAAAUACUCCAUCCAAGGAGUGGUCCUCAGUCAGCCUGAUGAGGACAGGUCAGUGGCCAACCCUUUUGCCCUAGUCCUUCAUCUGGAGACAGUCACAUAGUCACGUCAACAGUUCACCCAAAGAGAAGAGGUGGGGCCUGGCUUCUCCCACAGGGCACAGCCUAACUAUGGAGACCCAGGGCUCCUUCCUGCUGCACUAGGCCUGUGCUCUCCCUAUUGCCUUCAGGUGGUGUGAUCCUGGCUUCCUCACAGAGCCCUUUUUUCCUUCUGCCCAGCUCCAUCCCACCAGAAUUUCUACACCCACUGAGGCAUCUCCUGGGCACAGACCACCACACUCUAAGCCGGCUCACCUGGGAGUUAGGGUCCUGCCCACCUGGAGUUUAGCACGCUGGUCGCUCACUUUGCUUUGAUCUGCACACCUGGUGUGUGCAUGUGUAUACUGCUUGUGCCAUCUGUGUACCCCUCUCCCUGGAGUACACUUGUGGUCACACUACAGUGGGGACAUCAAGAAUGCAAUAUUUAUGGAUUGCUGCAUGAUUCUUAAAAAUGAAUAAAACUGUUUACAAGGGAA